AUGAUAAUAAUCGUGGACAGUGUUUCUCCUUUUACAAACACUCGGUCUCACCGUAAUUUUUACACUAUAAUCCAAGAAAGAAACCCCCAAAUCGGGUGUAAAUAUGGUUUCAAUUUCGUGGCUCGGGGUCGAGCAUUCACUGCCACCACCACCAUCACAUUCAAAGCCCUACACACCAGAUCAGUACCUCCUCUCCAUAAAACCCAACUCCUUCCCACCCUCCCAACCAAUUCGCUGCCGACGCGCGCUGCCGUCGCUACCUCCGCCGCCUAUCAAUUCUCCUCCACCGGCCCCAACCAUCACCUCCUCUUCCCCCGUCCCGCUUCGCCGGGGAAGCAGGGCAAGAAUAGAAACAAGGGAGAUUCGAGAACCUUCUAUCCAAUUUCUAUUUCUUCUGCUGCUACCGAGCGUCGACGCCACUGUUGCUGCCGUCUCGGUUCCGCAAUGACGGCUGCGGGGAUGGAAGGGGGCGCGAUGAUUUUGGGGGCUCUACUCGCAUCUCUGCUCGGGAUGCUCCUCCUGUAUCACUUGUUCGGUAAAUCAAGGAAGCGAGCGGUAGUAGCUAGGGAAGCGGGCUCGAGUCCUGCGAAGACGCAGAACGACGGGGAAUUCUCGCCGGCGGCAGGUACCGACGUCAUCAUCGUGGGCGCUGGUGUCGCCGGAUCCGCUCUGGCUCACACGCUUGGGAAGGAUGGAAGGCGAGUUCAUGUGAUAGAACGAGAUUUGACGGAGCCUGACAGAAUUGUUGGGGAACUUCUCCAACCUGGGGGAUAUCUAAAACUCAUUGAACUUGGACUUCAAGAUUGUGUGGAAGAAAUUGAUGCUCAACGAGUUCUUGGAUAUGCUCUCAUGAAAGAUGGCAAAAGCACUAGACUUUCAUAUCCCCUGGACAAGUUCGAGGAAGACGUUGCUGGAAGGAGCUUCCAUAAUGGGCGUUUCAUUCAGAGGAUGAGAGGAAAAGCUGCUACCCUCCCCAAUAUUCGAUUGGAGCAAGGGACUGUGACUUCCUUACUUGAAGAAGAUGGGGUGAUUAAGGGAGUUCAAUACAAAACCAAAGAUGGCCAAGAACUCAAGGCUUAUGCUCCUCUCACUAUUGUCUGUGAUGGUUGCUUCUCUAAUCUGCGACGCAACCUCUGCACACCAAAGGUAGAUGUGCCGUCUUGCUUUGUGGGUUUGAUCCUGGAGAACUGUCAGCUUCCAUUCGCAAACCAUGGGCAUGUCAUUCUAGCAGAUCCAUCUCCAAUUCUGUUCUACCCAAUCAGUAGCACGGAAAUCCGGUGUUUGGUUGAUGUACCAGGGCAGAAAGUGCCUUCAAUUGGAAAUGGUGAAAUGGCUAAAUACUUGAAGAACAACGUUGCACCUCAGCUCCCUUCGGAGCUUCAGGAUGCCUUCAUAUCUGCGGUCGAGAAAGGGAACAUAAGGACGAUGCCAAACCGAAGCAUGCCAGCAAACCCACAGCCUACACCUGGAGCUCUUCUGAUGGGCGAUGCUUUCAACAUGCGACAUCCACUGACUGGCGGCGGUAUGACAGUGGCACUUUCUGACAUUGUCGUUCUUCGAGAUCUCCUCAAGCCAUUAAGAGACCUUCGUGAUGCGGCCUCCCUCACUCAGUACCUCGAAUCCUUCUACACCCUGCGCAAGCCCGUGGCUUCUACUAUCAACACCCUGGCAGGCGCCUUAUACAAGGUGUUCUCCGCUUCCCCUGACGAGGCCAGGAAGGAAAUGCGCGAAGCUUGCUUCGACUAUCUGAGUUUGGGAGGAGUUUGUUCGUCUGGGCCAGUGGCCUUACUCUCUGGCUUGAACCCACGACCCAUGAGCUUAGUUCUUCACUUUUUCGCGGUCGCUAUCUAUGGAGUUGGCCGGCUGCUCUUACCGUUUCCAUCUCCUAAAGGCUUCUGGAUUGGAGCUAGACUCAUCUCAAGCGCUUCAGGUAUCAUCUUCCCUAUUAUCAAAGCUGAAGGAGUGAGGCAAAUGUUCUUCCCUGCAACAGUUCCAGCCGUCUACCGACCUCCUCCACUUAACUGAAAUCAAAUUCACGUCACUGCAGCUGCCAGCGAAUAAGCUUGCAUGUUCUGAAUUCCAUUAGAAGAAGAAAACGUUUUGUUGACUGUAUUCGAACAUCUACGUGUGUACCCAGAAACUGUAAGUGUGCAAAAAUUAGGAUACAUUGUGUCUGUAUAUGUAAUAAGAUGCUUAACUAGAUCAAAUACUCUUUUCUAGUGCAAUAAGAUGCCUACUCUUAGUACCCAUCAUCAAUAGAACGAUUAUAGAUGUU